CGGAGCCAUUUCGAGCGGAGAGCGCCCCACGCCGGAAAGGGAGAGUAGGGGAGAAGCGAACGCGUCAGCCAAACCCUAGCCCAGCGCGCGACCUCCGGGAGCUCCACCGCGUCCGUCGCCGCCGCCCCGCUUCGCAACAUGGCCGAUUCCCCGCGCAGGAGGUACUCGAGGUCCCCUUCCCCUUACAGCAGGGGGCACCCAAAAGCAAGGUCAAGGUCACGGUCCCCAGUUCGGUCUCAGUCUAGGUCACCUGUGCCUGAUCCUAGAUCUCAGGCAAGGUCAAGAUCUAGAAGCCAUGAGAGGGAGGAGGAGGCUGUUAACCGUGGAAAUACUUUAUAUGUGACUGGACUCUCUUCUAGGGUGACUGAAAGGGAAAUUAAAGAUUAUUUCUCGAAGGAAGGAAGGGUGGUUGGUUGCCAUGUUGUUCUUGAACCCCAUACACGUGUUUCGCGUGGAUUUGCCUUUGUCACCAUGGACACUGUUGAAGAAGCUGACCGUUGCAUCAAGUAUCUUAACAAUUCUGAGAUGGAAGGCCGAAACAUUACAGUUGAAAAGUCACGCCGUGGUCGCCCAAGGACACCAACUCCCGGAAGCUAUCUUGGUCACCGGUACGAGCGUAGAGACCGUGGGAGAUACCGCCGCGGCUAUGGCGGUGGUCGUGAUGAGUAUUACGGCAACGGCGGCGGCGGCGGCGGCUAUGGCUACCGCAGGUCUCCACCUCCUGUGUAUUCCUACAGGGAGAGUCGGGACUACCCGUCGUACAGGGAUACUCGAGACUACCCUCCCUACAGGGACUACUCCCCCCACAGGGACCCCCGAGACUACUAUGAGAGCAGGGGCGGUCGGGGGUACUCCCCGCCACCUUAUGGCGGGGGCAGGUCAAGAAGGGAUCGAUCGAUCUCGCCGUAUCGGAUGCCGGAGAGAGGCUAUGGUGGUGGUGGCCGCCGUGGUGGCGGUGGCUAUGACAGGUAAAAGGCUUUUGCCCCUCCCCAUCCCGGGGGAGCACCGUAUGUCAAGAUGUAUGGCCAUGGCCUGGUGUUCUGCUUGCUGCCUGGUGGUGGUGGCCCUCCCGUGACUGCUGGUAGAUUGUUGUAGCUGUACUUGCGUACUGUUUGCCGUGUCUCUGGAUUUCAAGAAUUUGUAUGGACAGCUUGUUUGUAGGUUUGCAAUGAUAACUUCUAAAGAAUGACUGGGGACUUGUUCCA